AUGGCGUUCUUCAGCAGUGGAUCCCGUGUUCUGGUCGAAAUCCUGACGAGGAUGCAGAGCGCCGAAAGACCAAUGCCUGUCGACCAUACCUUCUUCGAGUUUGGAUCGAUUCGUUAUCAUGUGGAGGCUUCAGUGUCAGAUCCCGAGAACGUGUUCCUGUCGAUAUCGACGCCAUCGCUCUCCCACGAGGCCACACCCUCGUCGAGCGGCGGCCUGCCUGAACUGACCCUGCAGGAGACGAGGAAGACGUAUGGCAGGUUCGCGGAGAUCGUGGAGCCGCCGAGGGAAGGAUACGUCCUGACGCUCAAGCUCAACUUCUCCGGCCUCACCCGGCAGAAAGAUCGCGUGAAGGCCAUUAACCAGGUGUCGCUGCUGCAAUCCGUGGUGCUGAGCUCGCAGCUGACGGACGUGCUGGGGAGCCCCGGCUCGUCGGGCACGAUGAGGCUCGUGUACAAUCAGAGGGAGCCCUUCUUCGUCAGCAGGACGGCUGAUGAGACGAUAAACGCCAUCUUCCCCAUGCGCUUCAGGGACGACACGGACCUGGCCAUCGCCACCUCCUUCUUCCAGGAGCUGCAGGACGUCGGGAACUCGUUCGCGAGGGCGCCCAAGUGCAGCUGGUCGCCGAUCCCGCCGCCGGAGCUGCGCGGGGAGAACGUGCAACACCUCACCACCAACGGCGGCUUCGUCUCAUUCGGCGUCCUGUCGCGGCACGUGAGGGGGAAGCGGGCCGCCAAAACCGCGUGGAUCCUGCUCAACUUCCAGUCCUACGUCAAGUACCACAUCAAGUGCACCCGGAGCCACGUCCAGAGCCGGAUGCGGGAGCGGCUGGAGACGCUGACGGAGGCCGUCCAGAACGCGAGGCUACGGGGCACGAAUAGCGACGAUAAGAAGCGGUCGUCACAAGUUGUGAAGAAGGGGAGCAAGAGACGGCGGCUCAUUAGCUUGGCGAAAGCGAGCAAGAAGCUGCACAAGGGUUUCAGGGCCGUCCUGGACAAGAUCAUGAAGCGGCUGCGGCAGAGGAUCAGGGUGAAAGGCCUGGACCGGCUCCGGCGGCAGUUCCGGUGCCGGUGCUUCGCCGUGCCUAGGCUCCCCGCGCCACCUCGCACUCGCAGUCGCAGCAGGAAGGAGCACAGAUACCACAAGCUGGCCGAGUAA